AUGCUGUACACGGCCGCGUUUGCCUGUCUUCACGUGUCCGUCCAUGUGCUGCUGUAUGCCUUGCCGCGUUGGCUGUGGAUUGUCUGUGUGCGGUGGCCGCUACAGGUUCUCUCGGUGCUUCUUGGCAUUCGCUUCUUCACGCACGACCCAAAACACGAGCGGCGAGUGCACAUCCUCGGCUUGACCGGGAGCAGCGCAUUGUCGCCGCGCGUGUGCUUGCGAGACCGCUUUGGGAUCACAGAAGCUCAGCUGUCGAACCUCGUACUGCACCACAAGACAGCCUCAAGUUCGAGCGGUGAUGCAUCGCCAGCAUGGUGGCGGUACAACGGUCCUCUGUACAAUGGCCACGUACACACUAUCCUCGGCGCGCUUCGGCCGCUCCUCGACCUUCGCGUCCCGGCACGCGAGACUGUGCCGUCUUACGACGGCAAUCCCACCUGUCUUGACUGGUGGUUUCCGACAGAUGGGGAUACGGCUGCCACGGCGGCAAGCGGUGGUGCUGCAGUCAUGUGCGUCCGCGCGCUAGUCGUCAUUCUGCCAGGGUUGAUGGGGAGCUCGAGGGAGUUCUAUGUACGCCGUAUGGCACGGCAGCUGCUGCGAUCAAAUAUGGUUGUGUGCGUACUAAACGCGCGCGGAGUGGCUGACACACCCCUCGAGAGACCACAAAUUUUUAGCGCGCUCUUCACGAAGGACCUGCGCCACAUCAUGCAGACGCACUUAACACGCGAAAAGGUGCAGGAACGUCUGCUGCGCCGAACACCACCGCUGCAGACCGACGACAUCAAUAAGGGCGCCGUGCCGAUCAUCGGUGUCGGCUUCUCGCUCGGUGGAUUGAUCUUGACCAACUACGUGAGUGAGCAGGGCGAGGCGCAGGUUUCUAGUGGCUUCGACGCGGUCUAUUCCAUCACCUCUCCACAUAACGUGAGUGACAGUGCGGCGGCGCUGCGGAUGCCGCUGGCGAGACUUCUGUACAACUCCGCCCUGCAUAAGGGACUUCACGCCUACUAUGAGCGACACAAGCACGUGCUGCAGCACUUGCCCGGUGUUGACAAGAAAAUCUUUAUGGAUGACGCCUCGCUGUUUGUGGAUCGACUGCGGACCUUACAGGACUUUGACGAACUCAUCACAGGACCGCACUUUGGGUACCCCGGUGCAGAGGCCUACUACGCCGCCGCGAGCAGCUUCCUCCGUCUCCACCACUCUCGCACACCACAGGUCUGUAUCGUAGCUGCCAACGACCCCAUCUGUGGUCCCCCACAACCCACGCCACGCUGGCUACAACUGAUUGAUCGGCACCGUGGUGGGCUCGUGUACGUGGAGAUGCCCGUCGGUGGUCAUCUCGGGUUCCUUGGGUGUCCGUGGAGCGAGUGGACGCAAGCGCCGAACGAGAUGGAGCGCUUUGUUCUACACUCGCUCGUUCACUUCAUCGAAUCAGCCGACACGCAGGCGAAAGCAGCGAAGAAGAUCGCGUGA